CUCUCAAACUAUUCACAUUCACAGAAGUAGUAACAUACAUCUCCGUGGGCCCUGGAAGAGAAGACAAAAGCUUAUUCACCCAUGAGCGACAACAGAUUAAUGAUGGAACCAUCAAAAGAAUUUGUAUUCAAUUACAAGGGGUUUUACUUUGCUGUAAAUACUACACCUGAGCAUGUAGCUUCCUUGGAGAAUUUUGAAAUCAAAGACAGUGACAUAUUUAUAGCUACUUAUCCAAAAUCAGGAACUGUAUGGACUCAGAAUAUUUUGAGCUUAAUAAUCCAUGAAGGCCACCGUAAUGGAACAGAAGAUAUGGAAACCAUGGACAGAAUCCCGUGGGUGGAAUAUAAUAUAAAAAAUAUUGAUUUUGCAAAUCUUCCUUUGCCUCGGGUUUUUGCCACUCACCUGCCUUACUACUUAACUCCAAGAGACCUGAGAAACAAAAAGGGACGUGUUAUUUAUGUCACCAGGAACCCUAAGGACGUGUUGGUUUCUUAUUAUCACUUCUCCAAAUUCAUGGUAACACUAGAGAAAAUACCAGAUUUUAACCUCUUCAUGGAGAGAUUUUUAGCUGGAAAAGUGCUUGCCAGUGCCUGGUUCGACCAUGUUUCAGGAUGGUAUAACCAUGCAAAGGAUUUCAAUAUACUCUUCCUGACCUACGAAGAGAUGAAAAAGGAUCUCAGAAGCGCCGUGCUGAAAAUCUGCAACUUCAUAGGCAAGAAGCUGAGUGAAGAGGAAAUAGAAAGUGUUGUGAGACAGGCUACAUUUGAGAACAUGCAAAAGGACCCCAGGGCAAACUAUGAGAACAUGCCAGAUGACAUCGCAAUCAAAGGAAAGGGCAAAUUUCUACGGAAAGGCACUGUUGGAGACUGGAAAAACACAAUGACAGUGGCGCAGAGUGAAAGGUUUGAUGAAGUUCUUAAAGAAAAAAUACAGACCCUGCCUAUCAAAUUCACCUGGGAUAUGAGCAGUGAAAUGUAGCCCGGCUUUGAGUUUUAUCACUCUUUGGAGUUCAUCAUGGAUGGACACGCCUCAUGUUUUGAAGGAACAAAAUAUGAUAAUUUUCAUCUACGUUGUAGAGAUAGUAAAUAGAAGAACCCAUUCAGAAAAAUGCGGCUUAUCUGAAGGAGCUAUUAAAUUCCAUCAGUUUCCUCUUUGUAAUUUUAUGAAUUAUUUUAGUUAAUUUUCAUAGUAAACCACGAGUUCCAUUCUUCAUGAUUGCAUUUGCUGACUUUUAUAACAUCCCAGUUAUAGACAGCCAAAUGAACUAGCCCUAAUGUUGCAUGUUUUGAUGUUGCCUACUGACUGAAACACUUUACCACGCUGUUUGUUACAGUUCUUUGGGUUGUAUUUGACAAUUUGUUCCUUGAAAUUUUUAGAAAUAACAUGCCAUAGUCAUAGCAGUUUUUCUGGUGAAUGCUCAUUUUAUCAUUCAGAUUGACUUUGCUAGAGCUGUUGUAGCAAGAAGCCACCAGCAAUCUGUGACUUAUGCAGACAUUGACUCACUAUCUGGGUUUAAUCUGUCCAUGAUGCCCAUGACCUGUUCAUGAUUUUACAAACAAACAAAAAAAAAACAAAACAAAACAAACAUGAUUACUUAACAAUUCAUCUAAUUUGUGAGGCCAAAUGACAGACCUCUAACCUGUGUGUGAAUCUGAGAGACAUAACUAUUACUACCUCAGCAGCUAACAAGGGGUGUGUACUCAAGUACUCCUCACCUUGCUUACUGACAGAAGCAUGGCUGUCUGCCUGCUGGACUCCACGUCUUGUUUCAGAUGCCAAAAAUAGCAAAACAAUCAUGCCCCCACACCUGCAACUCAACCUCUCUGCACUGCUGAUGGAAGCUCUGUGGGGUGCAGAGCUCUGGGCCCCCACUAGCAUGGUGCUGGUGACCCCAGGUCUCACUGCUACUGCUUUCAGGAUGGGGAAAUGAAGCCCAUCCCACAUAUAAAGCAUUCCUCAGCAGGCUUGCAACUUGUGCUGAACCCAGUCAGCUGCUGACACCUUAUUCCAAAACAUUCCCAAAUACUGUCUCACUUUCUGUUCCAAAGAGCUCUGCGUCUUCAUAGCAGCCAGAGGUCCUCAGCUGCAGCAGGAACUGUGGCAUCUGAGUUACAACUACUGGGUGCCAGGGUACCCUGAUGUACCUGGGUUACCAGAGCCAUACAUCAUUCAUGCCCACAGCACUUCAGUCUUUAGUUCCUGAUCUGACAAUGACUAUGAGAUAAAUGGCUGAUCUGAAAUAAUGGAUUACCUCAAGAAAAGGUCCCCAGCAACUGCACAACAAAGCCUUCGCCUUACCUGUGUAUUAGAUCCCCAUGUGGGAAACCUAGGAAGCCUCCUGCAGGCAGAUCUCACUGCAGAACUGGCCAACAACACUGAGACAAGAUACUUUUGAAACUGUUCCUGCAGAUACGGAAACAGUCACUUGAGACAAUCUUUUGUAUGUAUGUAAGAGUAAGGAGAUGCCCUUUGUUUAAUGGAAUGGAUAGCGAUGGAUUAAGGUGGCUGUGUAGGACCAAAGAGGCUUAUAAGUGAGCAGGAGAGUGCCAGUCUCACCCGAUCCUCUGCAAGGACUCUGCAACCACACUUCCUGACUCUGCCUGGACAGCAACUGACCCUGUGAGACAGGAUCCCCUCUGUCCACUCGACGGGCUGCCAAGCUCACAAUGAAUUCCACUGAGUUUGUUGCAUUCUAACAAGCAUUGUGAAUGUCACACCACCCCACUUGGACAGUUCCUAGAGUCAACCUACUGGCAUCUCAUGUGUGUCAGUCUGAGUCACUGCUUACCAAAGGAAGUCCACCUCCUCCACAUUUAUAAAUUCUUUCCACUGCAGUCAUAUCAAGCUAAAACUGGAACUCCUCACCUCCCCACAUACACUCUAGCAGGUCUCUGAUAUGUCUCCAGCAUUUAUUUCUUCUAAUAAUCUUCUGCUCCCUUCAGCAGCCAGACUCACUCAAGAGGGCAGAUCAUGAUGUAACAAGGAAACAUUUUGUUCCAACAUUUUCUCAGACACCAUCUGCACUCUCUAGGGGGUUUGAACCCUCAUUCACUUCUACCAUUAUAACGCUUACACAAUCAAACUCCAGUGACUGCUUUUUGGUUGCUAUUGAAUCAACAUCCUAACAACCAGCCACAGCAGGACAUAGCUUCUGAACACAGAAACAUUCCAAACCAUCACUUUAACUUGACAAGCAGCAUCUAGCUUAGCUUUCCCACAAACUGCUUUAAAAAAAAAAGAUGUAAAAUACUUUUUUUCCCUUACUGGUCCCAAAGAUCAGUAAUUUAUUUUCAGUUUUCAGUCCAGCUGUUUUCACUUUCUGAUGGGUUCUACUUGAUUUUCGCUGUAUCCAAGUACUUCAUACAGAGGAAACUGCAAUCUGUUUUAUUUAGAUAAAGCCAACCAUAUCAUUAGCCUACAACAAGAAUGGGCCUUUUGUACCCCCAACAGUACAGCCAGAUCAUCUUUCCUUCUAGAACUUACUGUCCUCGAUAUGAAGAAAGUAAGUUACACAAAACAUCCGUGAUUUACGUAACGACCACAUCCCCUGACAUAUGAACCUGAACUUCAGACAAGCAGACUGUUGUUUUUUUCCACCUGUACAUAUUUACCCUGGGCACAGAAAACAUAAAACUAGUUCAAAGUCAGAAUAAUAAUUCAGGCCUUUUGCUGAGCUUGCCUUAAGUACAAAUAAAACUGAUUACAAAUUGGA